AUGUUCCUAGAUUACCGUACGAUCUACUUUCAUAGUGUUUUCUAUCUUCUAUCACAUCCCACAAUUUCUUUCAAUUACUUUUCAGGCUUGUUUGAUGUCCACGAGAAAUCCGUCAACCCUUUCUUAUGUGGAAAAGUGAACACUUUACAUGGAUUCCAGCUGUUGGAAGCUUUCCACUACGCCCUCGGAUUGGUAAAUAAUAAGCAAGGAAUCUUUGCUGAUAAACUUCAGGGAGUCCAAGUUGGUGGAAUUGGUCUAGAUGGUUGUCAGAGUGACAUACGAAGCGGAUUUCUGGUUUCAAAUAUCCAUAACGGUAUGGUUAGCUUAGUCAAAAAUGGAAAAACCAUAGAUCCAAAAGAAAUCGAUGCUUACAUUGGAACAUAUAGCAGUGAUAGCUCAAUCUAUGUUAACAGAAUCUUGAAUGAUCUGAACAUACCACAAGUCAGCUACGCCUCUUCGUCCACUCAACUCAAAGAUCAACUUAGAUAUCCAUAUUUCUACAGAACCGUGCCCGCUGACGACAACCAAGCUGAAGCGAUGGUCGAUUUCCUAGACAAGCACAAUAUACGUUAUGUACAGGUGCUUUAUACAGAUACUAGUUAUGGUAUUCUUGGAUCAAAAGCUUUCGAGGAGGCGGCUUCUCGAAAACGUAUCUGCGUAGCUCAGAUGGUUUCGUACCCUGAUGAAGGCAUUGUGUCGAAUGAAAUAUCCAAUGAUGUAGUAACAGCCUUGCUACAAAAACCAGUAGCUAAUACCGUUGUGGUCUUCGCUGGUACCAACUAUAUAAAUGCUUUAUUGAAAGCUGUAGGCCGAGUUGCUGGUGACACCAGUCCUUUCAAAUUUAUUGGAUCAGAAACCUGGGGAAACAGUGAAGAUGCCAUCAUUGGUUCUGAGAAGUACGCCAGUGGUUCAGUCAGCCUUGGUCUAGAAACAGUUAACUUGAAGGUCUUUGAUGAGUACCUUGGAAAGAAAACUCCACUCAACUCACAAGGGAAUCCAUGGUUUAGUGAAUAUUAUGAAGAAAUUUGGGACUGCUAUCUGUCAGUUCCCUCUGUCAAUCGUCAGAAGGAAUGUGCUCAAACUGCAAGAAGCAUUCCAUUGAGCACACAGUAUAGGCAAGAUCCAGGAGUUCUUCACGUCAUCAACGCAGUCUUCUCUUCAGCUCUAGCUCUGGAUAAGGCGUUAACUGAAGUCUGUGGGGAAGGUUAUACUACAGUUUGUGAAGCUUACAAGAACAGAAAUGACCGAAGAGACGUCUUGUUGAAAAAGUUGGACAGUGUGGAAUUUGAAGAUCUUUCAAAAACAAACUUUAAGUUUGAAAAUCGUGAAGGCAAUAAAGGUUAUGACUUCUAUUCAAUAACCAUUCAAUCAGUUACGAGUGGAUAUAUCUAUAAAAAGGUACGUAUGUAA